UGUCGGCGCCUUUUUUCUUCUUCUUCAAAGCCAGAGCUGCGAUCCUUCCCGGGCCUUUUGCGUGAGAGAGAUUUCCAUCUGUUUAUCCUCUCUGCCCUCUUGCUCUCUCUCGUCCCUUCUCUUUGCUCUUCUCGCCUUCCUCCUCAUCGGGUCUACUUCUAUCUCCGUCUCCAGCAGCCACCGCCAUGUCGUCCAAGUAUGCGCUGAUAUCGCUGCCUCAAAGCGCCUUCGACUCUGGAAGCCGUGAUGAAGCCAUCUCGUCCUUGAGUGCGACCAUCACCGCCGACAAUGGCUCAGUCCUGCCCUUCACCAUCCCCGACUUCAAGAUCGGAACGCUAGACCUGCUGGUCCAGCAAGCCGAUGACCUGGCCAAGCUCGACUCGGCGUGCCAGUCGGUCGUCGCCAAGGUUGCGGACUCCUUGCGCACCGUGCUCAACAACGAUGAAGACCGAAUGGCUUCCUACAAGAUGGUCAAUGAUAAGCCAACCGAUCACUAUCUGCGCAACUUUAGCUGGAACAAGAUGAGGUACCGAGCCGAUAAACCCAUAGCUGAGCUCAUCAGCACUCUUCAGAAGGAGCUCAACACUGUCGACAAUGAUGUCAAGUCCAAGUUCAACCAGUACAACACCGUCAAGACGAACCUUGCAGCUCUGCAAAGAAAACAAACGGGCACUCUCGCAACGAAAUCUCUCACUCCGAUUGUGAAGCCAUCGCUCCUCGUUCAAGAUUCCGAGUACCUCGAGACCCACCUCAUCGCCGUGCCGACGAAUGCGAAGAAAGACUUCAUCAAGAGCUAUGAAACCCUCGCUCCCAUGGUGGUGCCCCGAUCCUCUGUCGAAAUCGACCACGACGAUGAAUUCACGCUGUUCGCUGUUGUGACGUUCAAGAAGCACAGCGCCGAGUUUAUCCACAAGUGCCGAGAGCAGAAAUGGACUCCCCGUCAGUAUAAGUACGUCGAGGGUGGCCGGGAGGAAGAGCAGCGUGAGCUGGACCGCGUGACCAACGAAGAGCGCAAGGUCUGUGGCGAGGCUCUGCGUAUGGGAAGGACUGGAUGGAGCGAAAGCGUCAUGAUCUGGGUCCAUGUCCUCACCUUGCGCGUCUUUGUUGAGGCCGUGCUGCGAUACGGAUUGCCGCUGGAUUACGCCACGGCUCUGAUCAAGACAACACCGAAGCUCGCGCCCAAGGCGAAGGCAGCACUAGACUCCAAGUACUCGUACCUGGGCGGAAAUGCAUUUGGACGGGACAAGCACGGCAGGGUCACCAAGGACGACGCCAACCUCAGCUCAGAGAUGGCUGCAGCGGGAUUGGGGGCCGGCGAGGGACACGAAUACACGGCUUUUGUUUACUACGAGGCCGAAUUUCCCUGAGCGUGGCAUAGAGAUGUAUUUUUUUUUCUAAAAGCGUCAGACGCCUGUAUUCUAUCAUUAUUGUCUGUGUCCUUAAUGAGACUCUUUUCCCUUUUUCGUUUCACGUUGUUCUAUAUCAAUCAAUCCUUUGCAAUAUGAACAAAGACCAGGAGUGAUUAUUCCUGUGUCCGUACGUUGUUUUAUCUUCUCCCUUUUCCUUGCAUCUUUCCUCCCUCCUUAUAAUUCUCACUUCUAGUUCUUGACCUCACUCUUGAUGUAGCCCUUGGCGCUGAGCCAGUUUGUGAUUUGUGCAACACACUCCUCAACGGUGUUCUCGUGAGUCUUGAUUGUGAUCUCAGCGUUGGCAGGCUCCUCGUAGGGAGCAGAGAUGCCAGUGAAAUCCUUGAUCUCGCCGGCGCGAGCCUUCUUGUAGAGGCCCUUGGGGUCGCGCUGCUCAGCAACCUCGAGGGGCACGUCGACAAAGACCUCGACGAAGGGGAUGGGCUCGUCGCCGUCCUGGCUGGUCUGGGCGUGCAGCUCACGGGCGAGGUCGCGGUCGGCGCGGUAGGGCGAGAUGAAGGAAGUGAUGGCGAUGGUGGAGGCGUCGGCGAAGAGCUUUGCGACCUCUGAGAUGCGGCGGAUGUUCUCGUUGCGGUCCUUUUCGGAGAAGCCCAGGUCCUUGUUGAGGCCGAAGCGGACGUUGUCGCCGUCGAGGCGGUAGGCGGCGAGGCCCAGGUGCAGGAGAUGCUGCUCAAGCGCGGUGGCGACGGUGGAUUUGCCCGAGGCGGAGAGGCCCGUCAGCCAGAUGGUGAGGCCGCGCUGGUUGCGGAGCUGGUUGCGCUCGCGGCGGGAGAGGGAGGGAUGCCAGGUGAUGUUGGUGGCCAUUGUGUAAUAACGAACGAUUUAAUCGAUAAAAGCCGAAUCGCUUGUUUGCUCUAAACGAGGAAAAAGGAAAAGCAAGUAAAAGG